UUCAUAAGCUUCAAACAGUCAUUUACUACAAAUGUCAAUUACUUAAAACGAAGAUUUUCCUCCGGGGAUCUAUCCUCGGAGUUGGAAGAUGGGCCUGAUGGACCCGAACCCACUGGACCUACACCCCCUCCACAGGCGCAGCCCCCCACCCAGGCCCCGCCAGGGUCGGUGUCCACCGGGGGGCCCCCCAACUCAGGAGACCUCUCUUUGAACCUUUCCAAGCAGAGCUCCCGCACUACCAGUGCACCCUCCAGCCCUGCCAAGACUAGAGAGUCUCUACUGCAGAGAGUGCAGAGUCUCACCGGUGUCGCCAGAGACCAGGGUGCCUCACUUAUUGGAGCUGCUGUGACAGGAGCAACUGGUAGACCUGUUUUCAACAAAGAUCGCUGUUUCACUCUCUUAGUCAUCGAUGAUCAAAAUACUGACUGGUCGAAGUAUUUCCGAGGACGUCGGCUCCAUGGAGACUUUGACAUCCGAGUGGAGCAGGCAGAGUUCAAGGAGUUGUCAGUUACAGCGAGUAGUGAGACAGGGACAACUGUCAGCAUGGGAGUCUACCGCAAUGGCACCAAGGUCGUUAGAUCAUUUAAACCAGAUUUUGUUUUAAUCCGUCAAAAUCUAAGAGAUGCUGGAGAAGACAAUAAAAAUCUACUUUUGGGGUUCAAAUUUGGAGGAGUUCCCAGUAUAAACUCACUUCAUGCUGUCUACAACUUUCAGGACAAACCUUGGGUGUUCGCUCACUUGCUUCAAAUUCAAAGACGCCUUGGAAAAGAAAAUUUUCCCUUGAUUGAUCAAACCUACUACCCCAACUUUAGGGAAAUGUUAAGUGCACCUCGAUUCCCAGUAGUGUUCAAGAUCGGCCACGCCCACAGCGGACUCGGCAAAGUAAAAGUGGAGAACAACGCAGACUUCCAGGACAUGGCAUCGGUGGUGGCGGUGGCGAACACAUACUGCACCACAGAGCCUUACGUAGACAGCAAGUAUGACAUCCAUGUGCAGAAAAUUGGGGACAACUACAAAUCUUUUAUGAGGAAGUCAAUAUCGGGUAACUGGAAAACGAACACGGGCUCAGCAAUGUUGGAGCAGAUUCAGAUGCCAGAAAGAUACAAGAUGUGGUUAGACGAAGUGGCUGCGAUGUUUGGAGGUCUAGACAUUUGUGCCCUGGAGAUGAUCGUAGCGAGGGAUGGCAGGGAAUACAUCAUCGAGGUCAACGAUAGCGCUUUAUCUUUGAUGGGAGACACUCAAGAAGAAGACAGAAGGCAUAUUGCUGACUUGGUCACUCAGAGAAUGCAGCAAUACUGUCGACCUUCAACUCUGACAAAAACAGCAUCUCGCACAUCAAUGUCCAGCAUGCAAAGUGGAUCUAUGGGUGGAUCCAUGGGUGGUUCAAUGGUCGGUUCUAUGGGUGGUUCUAUGAGUGGAUCUAUGGUGGGCAGCACGGUGGGUGGAGCCCCGCCGGCUCCCGGCUCUCCUACCAGUGAGGAGCGGAGUGCCUUGGCGGACCUUCCCGCCUCCGGCACCAGCCCACAGCCCAGACGAGACUCCCAAGCGUCACAGAGCAGCACAAUGAGCAGUGUCAGUCAGCAGUCGUCCCGACGGCCCGAGGACGCCGCUCAGGCGCAACGAGCAUCAUUCGGACGCCAGGGCUCUACGACCGGCAGUGUCACCGGAGAGGACACGGAAGACACCAUGAAGAAUCUGAGGAAAACAUUCGCUGGCAUAUUCGGUGAUAUGUAAAUAAGCUUGGAUUGGUUAUUAUUAUAAAUGUUAUGAAUGUAAAGUAUUAUAAUAAGUUAGCUUAUAUGUAUAGGAAUCUGUUGAUAUUUUCUUAACGCUGUGAUAAUUUUUCGUAUACUUGUCUGUUUGAUAGGCACAUUUAUGUUGAUCUUUAUGUAAGUUCUAAAACUGUAAAGUGAUGUGGUAGUGGUUUGGCUUGUUCAAUUAAAUGUUAGUUAAAAUGUAUUAAUGUCUUUCUUUUAGAUGAUUCUGUUUUAAAGUAAUUCAAUCGGUUAUUUCAAAACAGACAAUAGCUACCAGUAAAUGAGUUGCUUUGUUUUGUCUCGUAAUUUUUAUUUCACCAAGUUCUCUAUUUUAUGCGUUACGUAGCAAUGUGCUUUACUCAUUAACACCUUAAAAGUAUUUAUUUAACUAGCUUUUAAUUGUGUUAUUAUUUAUUUAUCAUGUCUUUACUACCAGUAAUGUUGAUUAUUUGUUUUUUUUCAAAAGCAAAGUUUUACAUUAUGUGUUUUGUUAGUUUCUUGUGUUCUGUAAGUAUGACAAAUGCAUAUUUUCAAACUCAAAAUUAAUACGAUUUGCUUGGUUUCACACACAAAACUUAAAGUGUGUAAGAGAAGCAGUUCACGAUAAAAUUUGUUAUUCUUUUAAUACUGUUAGUAUUGUUGCCGAUAAAACUCAAGAGCAUAGAAAAUUUUAGUGACAAAAUUAUUCAUCCAUCUUAAUCUAACUGAUGAUAGUUAUUUUUAAAAUGUAUGUUUGAAUAAACCCAUAAAGAAACGUAGAUCAAAACUUGGUUUAUGCAAAUUAAUAAAUCAAUUGUGUUAUUUUCGUUCAUUGCGUGAUGUGUUUAAGUCAUAACAUUGAUAAUAAAUAACCAAUGUGUAUUCCGCUGUCUGUAGUAAAUUAUAGAGUUUUUGUUUGGUGUACGCUUAUAGUGACGCUUUCAGUGGGCGCUGUGGAUUAUAUUCUUAAUGUCAAGUCAACCAUUACCCAUAGCUGUCUAAGGCACAGGCCUCAGACUUGUGUGCUUAUAAAUACAUUAAAUAAAACAAUAAAGUGUCUUAAAUGUCAUACAGUUAUUUAAGCAGUGAAUUUUAACAAACUUUACAAUUGUUAAAGAUAUUUGCCCUUCCACAGCUCGCAGCUGUGUUUGAUCUUUCAGAGUGUUUUCUAAUUCAAUAUAGACUCAUUGUUUAGUAGUAGUUAUAGAUUUAGUGCAUUUAAAUUUUGUACAGAGUACUGUCUUUAAUAAUAAUGGUAAGUGGUUAAAAAAUUACAGUAAUCAAUGAUAACAAUAAUUCAUUUGGAUGUGAGAGUAUGUAAAAAGUCUUGUUUCACAUUUGCCUCUGGUUUUCAUGCAGUAAGUAUAAAUUAUAAAGGUAUUUUCCUUCAUGUGUGGACAUUCUGAACUUUUGCUUUCCCAACGAAUGAAGGCAUUGAACUUUAAAUAUUUUUAAGGAGGAAAAGUUAGUAGUUUAAGAAAGAGAAAUUUAGUACCUAUUACAUCGCAACACGAGUAUUACAUUGUUUAUACAAUGUUGAAAAUAUAUGUCUAUUCGUUAUACUCUCUUAAAUAAUAAAUACUCCUGUUUCUCGUUCAAUGUCUGAAUCCAAACGUAAGUUUUCAAUUUAAAAUGUGAAAAUGUAAAUAAGUUCUGAAGCCUUUACAUUUUUAUCAAACUUUUUGGAGGGUAGCUUGACAAUAGUUUACGUGGUACCAGGAGAGAUGCUAUAGUAAAUCUAUAUUUCCCUCUGAGGAUGAAACAGACAAUAUUUACUAAUAGAAUAAGGUCUUUUUAGUAAAUUUGAUUCAAGAAGUCAGAAAUUUUUAAAAGGUGUUACAACAAUACAAAGCUAUUACAUUGUGGUUUUGAGAGUUUCAGCCCUAUGUUUUGAAUACCUACAUUAGCUUUGCUGUCCAGAAUGAAUACAGUUAAUCCGUUAUAGCUGUAAGUCAUAGUUAUAAAAAUUAAAUGUUUAAGGAUAAAACCAUUAAUAACUUAAUUGCAUUUGAGAUGAGUUUUAAAAAUGAUUGAGCUAAAGUUUAGGAUCUGAAAAUUAAACAAUAAAAACAGUUAAAUUUGAAUUUACAACUAACUGUACAUUUUUCUUAGAGUAUUGUAAAAUACUUUUUUAUAUAUUUCACCACAUGUGUGUUACUGGUGUUUUAAAUUUAAAACCAAUUUUUAAUUUGUAUUACAUAAAUGUUGAAUCACUGAUGGAAAUGUUAAUUUUGUUAAUUAUCACAGUUUUUAGGUAGUCAAAGGUCUAUGUCAGUAAAAACUGAUAAAAACGAGUCUUAACUGGUUUUGAUUGACCCCAUUAGGAAAAAUCAGUUUUGACUAGUUUAAACUAGUUAUAACCAGAUAGCGUGAUCCAAACUAGUGGGAAGGGGACAUUCACUUGAAAGUCAACAUUUAUGGACCUUGUAAUAUUAUUGUAACUAUUUUAUUUAUCUUUGGGGAUUAUUGCUGUUGUUUAUUUAAUAGCAAUGAAGAAAGUUACAUAACCGUUAGAAAUUAGUUUACUCCUAAUGUUAUAUGUGUAAGGAUUUCAAUGAAAAUCAUUCCAGUACCCAAAAAUAUUACUUUUAUAUAGUUCUCAUGAAAAACAUUUACCAACACUUUUACACAUUUACAGAAUAAAUCAUAUUAUGCAAACAAUUUAUAUCUAAAAAUGAAAUCAAGAGUUAAAAAAAAAUGUAUCCAGCAAUCUUAAACUAUUAUAUACGUACCAAAAAAACUGUUGUUGAAUAAACAAUUAAUGCUCAAUUUUUAUGAUACUGAAAUUGUUAUUUAAAUGGUGGUCUUUUUAACUGUUUAUGCGUCCCAAAAUUAUUGUUAUCUCACCUAAAGCUCUGUGUAGUAAUAGAUUACCAACGUUAUAAACACUGUUGAUAUUUAUCCUCAAAAAUGUAAGAUACGAGACAGUCCACUAGAGAACAUGUGCUUUAGUAAUUGGCACUUAAAAUUCUUGAGUAAAAUUGGUAAAACAUGUAGCAUAUUAAAUAUUGGUCCACUGUGCCUUAGGGUAAGUUCUGCAGGCUGAUUUGCCGGUUUGGGAAAACAUACUUGAAAUCUAAAGAAAUUGCUAUUAAAAUAUGUUCCCAUACUGAGAGAACCAAAACACUGCCACGGCUUUGUCGUAGAGUUGAUUUCUUGCAGAGCAUUUUCUCAUCUUUGUGUUAAAAUCUCACUGAAACAUUAGCUUGGCAGUCAACCUCUCUUUAAGCAUUACUUUACUACAACCUAACAACAGUAAAAACAAAAAUCAGUUUCAAAGACAGAAGAAAGAUUUUAUGCAAAGAAUCCAAAGCCUUGCUAUUCAACUCCACUUAAUGUACUAUGCUGAUUUCUGUAGUCAUAGACAGUCACGCUAGUUUAGGUUAGAAGAAUACCUUUCCUUCAAAACAAAUUCCAGUUUUAUUCCAUACUUAUUGUAAAAACUGUACCAUAACAGUUACGGGCAAAUGUUAUCCAGUAAAUUAAACACAGUUAUAUGAAAUCUGUAAUAAAUAAGGUUUUUAAAAGUAUUAUCGUAUGAUAGAUUAACAAGUUGAGUCUCAUAUUUACUUCUGUACAUUUUGAGUGGUUGUGUGAACAGAAAUGUAAAACUGUUAUAUUAGUGUACAUUUAAUUAAAAACUGAUUUACGAGAGUUUGUGUUUUUUAUAAUAUAUUUCAAAAUAACAUUUGAAUUUUCUCUUCUGAUAGUUUAGUUUUUGUGUCAUUCUCACUCUGUUGUCAGUCAUGAAUCAAAACAUUUUGUAGUAUCUUGAUGUGAUUUUUUUCAAAGUUUUUUCACAAGUAUGAUUGUAACUAGUACUCUUGUAAGAUAUUAGAUAGCGUUGUGUGCAAUAAUAACUUGUUAUUAAGUAUUUUCACUAGGACAAGUUUUUCAUGUGUUUUUAAGUUUUUUAUUACGAAAACAGCUUCGAAACCAAAGACUAGAUUGUAUUGUUGCUUCCAUUACUUUUGUAAUGGAAAUGUUACACUCAACAUUAGAUAAGGCAAUAGAAUAAUUAAUGCUAAUGUUUGCUUACUUUAAUAUUUUGAAAUGAUUUAUAAUGAUCAAACUAGCAGAAAAAAGCUUGUUAACCAUUGUUACUAUAUGAAAAAUCUAAAAUAAAGAACUAUUCAUAUUAUUAUAAAAGAAUACAAUUUAUUUUAUAGCCAUAACUUACGGUCUGACUUAUGACCCAUUAUGUUUCCUACAUAUAGAAAUUUCAUAACAAUAUGUCCAUAAAUAUCCGAUUCUGUACAUAUUUUUGUAAUCUUUAUUGUGUUUUACCAGUUUUUUUUAAUUAUUACAUUUAUUCACUCUAUCCUUUCCUCAACAUGUUCAACGAGAAGCAUAAAUCAUUUCAAAAUACUAAGUACGUCUUUUUAAUGUGUGUUCUGUGUGUAGCCUACUGUAAUAUAUUAUGAUAAAUCAAUUAAUUAUUUAAAUGUGCUUAGAACAGAUGCUUUAAUUUUCUUUCCUACAAUUAUUUUACUGAUUAAAAUGCUUGAAUGGAGGAGUGCUAUGUCUAAACAUUUAAUUUUUACAUUUAAAAGUGUAAAGCAAUAAUAUGAAUGUAACAAUAGAAAUAUCAACUACAUAUACCAACUACAGUAAGUACAGAUGUGCUGGGGGUAGCGACUAGUCUAUAUAUUAAAACUAUCUAUUUAUCAAACAAAUCUGUUUAAACCAGAGAAAAACUGUGUGAAUUUAACCACAAUUUAAAAUUUUGAUUUAUAUAGUAACUGCUGAAAAGUCAAGUUUUGUCCUGAGAUUAUAUAGACUUUCUCUAAAACUAGUAUUUUGAUUAAGGGAUGAGCUGUAUUUGACACAAAUUCAUUACCUACAGAUUCUCAUCACUCAAAUUCAUAAUUUAUUUUCAUUAGUAAGAAUUGUAGUGCAAUGGGUGCAUGCAUCUUGUUGAUAUACAUUUUUGUUAAUAAUAAUUGUAACAGUGUAUUGAUACAAUAAUUAUUCUAAUGCACAGUAAAAUAAACUUAAAGCAUUUUUCAAAUUGCAAAAAAAAAACAAAAUUUCCAACAAUACCAUGUGAAUAAAAAUGAAGAAGAUUAAAUCAUCUGUUUAAUUUACAUGUGAUUGCAAGAUAUUUUACUUAAAAAUACUUACAACAAAAGGGACAUGUAAUAUUUUUGAAACGGCCCUAUUCAUCAAGAGUUCGACAGUAAUUUCGAACGAUAAGAAAGUGACGAGAAUAAAGUAAUUACACUGUUAUCAAAGUCUUCAAUAAAGUAUUAUCGAAAAUGCA